ACUCAAAAAACAAUCAUUUUUAAAUUGCUUUACUUGCUCUGGCCUCUGAUUAAUACAUAAUUGGAAAUUAUUAACCAAAGUUCAAGUGGAUAAAUCUUGUUUGUUUAAAUUAGGAGGUGUAUGGUUUUUUACAUACCAAUUAACUUUCCUGCUUGUUUUAAGAUAAAGUUUCUCAUUGGAAUGAUUUUUUAAUCAAAAACAAAUGGGUAGUGAAUUAAAUCUUUCAACUACGGAAUCCAGCAAAAAUUGAUCUUUGUCAAUGGGAGCAGACAAUUUUUUAAGCAGAGCAUGGAUUGGAAAUAUUUUUUCCAUAAUUUGGAAUUGGACAGGAGUAUGGUUCAGCUGGACAAGGCAAUCUGACACAAUGCUCAGGAAUAUUGAGAAGACUAUAUUAUCAUGUGUCACAACAGCAUAUAAGCGAUUCUAUGUGGACAUAGGGUCCGUUGUGGGGCAAUGUGACAAGAUAUGGACUAUAUCGUUGAACGAUGAAGCCCCACAGACGCCGCUUGUAAUGCUUCAUGGAAUGGGGGCAGGUGUGGCUUUGUGGUGCCCCAACUUAGACGCUUUGGCUGCCACGAGACCAGUUUACGCCAUCGACUUAUUGGGCUUUGGCCGCAGUUCGCGACCGAAGUUCGCAACAGACGCUGAAAAAGUUGAAGCUCAAUGGGUCGAGUCGGUGGAAGAAUGGAGACGAGAAGUCAAGAUAAAUCACUUUAUCCUACUGGGACAUAGUUUGGGAGGAUACAUUGCUACGGCCUACGCCCUCAAAUAUCCUGAUCGAGUACGUCACCUUAUCUUAGCCGAUCCGUGGGGAUUUCCCGAGAAACCUUCUAAUGUGUACGAGAAGUACCAAGUGCCGUUUUGGGUUCGGACAGUCGCAAAAGUCUUGCAACCUCUCAACCCUCUUUGGGCGGUCAGAGCCGCGGGACCGGCUGGCAAGUGGCUGGUCUCGAAGACUCGGCCGGACAUUUCAAGGAAAUUUAUGAAUUAUGUAGCCGAUGCAGAAACAAUUAUACCCGAAUACUUGUAUCAGUGCAAUUCGCAGACCCCGAGCGGCGAGAGCGCCUUCCACACACUGAUGCACGGUUUCGGAUGGGCAAAGAAUCCGAUGGUGCGUCGCGUGGACAAACUGCAUCCCGCCCUACCCGUCACGGUGCUCUAUGGGUCUCGCUCCUGGGUGGAUAAUACUACGGGGCAACAGCUGGCCCAGCAUCGCCCAGAUUCCGAUACGAACGUCCAGGUGAUCAACGGGGCGGGUCACCACAUAUACCUCGAUAAACCGGAUCUAUUCAAUAAAUACGUUAACGAAGCGUGCGCACGCGCAGAUGCGGACACGACGUUCGCGACGCGAAUCGCAAAAACGGAGUCAUCUAGCGAGAAACGGAGUUCGGGUGACACUCAAUCGGAUUUGGGACCGAAACAAUGCGAUGACACGAACCAAGUGUCUACAUCCUGAUAGAUAAAGAAAUUAGCGAAUUUACUGCAUUGCCUUAUAGGUUAGAGCGACCGAAAACCAGUAUUUAUGCGCGCACAUUAAAUGUCAAUAAUGCUAACUUUUUUCUACUGACGUUAAUAGUAAUUGUGAAAACUGACAAAUAUUUUGAAACGGCUAUUCAGGAAUGUUUAGUCUAAAGCUGUGAUAAUUCUGAUGUUCAAAUCUAUAGACUAAAAAUCGUUUAUCUCUCUCAGAUAAACGAGCAUAUUUAAUCUGUUGUGUACCAUAAAAUAUUAUCUGUUAGGUGAACUGAAACCCCAAUGUUUUUGACACUAUUUUUCAUCCAUCAGAAUUAGCACCCGUCUCUCCAAUUAUGUUAUUAUAUUGUUUAAAAACGUAAAGUAUUAUUUAAUACAUAAAAAGUGUACAUUAUAUUUAUGGGAAUAGGGCUAUAAAAAUUGUAAAAUAAAGGCAUGUGAAUCACAAAUACGUACGCUUAAAAGUAGGAUUUAAGAGGUCCUUUGUAAAACGAUAAAAUUGAAUUAGGCCUUCUUAUAUACAAUUACUAAAUAAUCCCUGUUAUUCCGCUACUAUGUGCAAACCAAACAAAAAUAAUGAUUUACAUUUUC